CCCCAACUCCGGCAACCAAAAUGCGGCGCGGCGGCGGCGGGGGCAGGCGCCUCCCGAAGUCCUCCCUGGCGCCGUCGACGGCGUCCGACCGCACGCCCUUGCUGGAUCCCCACGUCCUCCACCCGCGGAACCUCGACCUCGCCUUCUCCCGCCGCGACUCCGACGCCGCCAGCCUCUGCAGCAGCCGCCCUUCCUCCAUCGGCACGGGCCCUUCGCUCGCCGGCCCCGUCACCAACUUCUCCGACAGGGCGUCCCAAGCCGCCGCCAUCCGCGUCGUCAACGCGUACCUCGCCCCCGCCGUCAGCCUCCGCGCGCCUCUCCCCUCCGCCAAGGACAUCAUCGCCGCCUUCCGCCACCUCCUCGAGCGCGUCGACUUCCCUCUCCAGGGCUCGUUCGAGGACGACCUCCUCAUCUUCCUCCGGCUCCUCGGCUGCCCCUACAAGCUCGCCCGCUCCGCGCUCAAGGCCCCCGGCACCCCGCACAGCUGGCCGCCCCUCCUCUCCGUCCUCUACUGGCUCACCCUCCUCGCUCGCACCAGGGAGGAAGUCGACGCCUCCUCUUCUGCUUUCGACGAUGUCUCCAAUGAUCUCAUGCUCUACGUUACCAACAGCUACUCCCUGUAUCUGUCUGGUGAUGAUGGCUCAGUCGCGUCCCUCGAUGAGGAGUACUCCUCCAAAGCCCGUGCCCAUGCCGAGGCAGCCGUUGAGUCCUCGCAGGCGCUGGAGAAGGAGGCCCAGGAUCUGGAAGUCAAGAGGACAAAGCUCACCUCAGGACCCUCACGGCUGGAGGCGUUGCAGGCAGAGGAGGCGGCCUUCACCGCUGACGUCCAGAAGUUCGAGGAAGUUGUGAAGAGCUGGACGGCCAAGAUACAGGAAAAGAAAGAGUCAUUGGUACGCUUGGAGAAGGAACUGGAGGCCAAGGCGAUGGAUCGACAGCAAAUAGCGGCUGAAAAUGAGGAGCUGGUGAAGAAGGUGGACGCACAGGUGGUUAAUGUGAGGGAUGUAGAUCGGAUGCAAAGGGAGAUGCUGGCAGUAGAGAAUGAUAAUGCCAAGUUGGAGAAUGGUAAGGCGAUACUGGAAGAGAAAGGUUGGGAGCUCGAUGCUGCGGUGGUUGCGAAACUUGAGGAGAUCGAGGGACUUGUGGACCAGUGCAACCAGGCCUUCAGGAAACUGAAGCCUGGUGUUGAUUUCCAGUACGUGCUAAACCCAAAUGGGUCGUCCCCAGUUGAGCUGCUGGGAGCCAGUUACAAAACUAUUAUGAAGCCUGCACUCAAUUCUCUUGCUGAUGAGACUAGAAGGAUAUCUGUCUCAAAGCACGAUGAGUCAGUUGAUCUAGAAAAGCAGUCACAACGAAAUGCUAAAAUUCUGGCAGAGAAGAAGAAUCGUAUUUCCAUUUGUCAGGCCAAAUACGACGAGGUGGUUGCUCUAUUGGAUUCACAGGAUCUUGAAAUUAGGAAUCAUGUUUCAAGAUGCGAAGCUGAUGCUAGACAAAUGAAAUAUGAAUUGGAGAAAAAGGAUCAGCACUUGAGUACUAUUGAAAAGGAGGUAGAAGAAUUUUUAAAGAACUCCGAAAAGAGGCUCGAAGAUGCCAAACAAGAAAGCGAUGAAGAAACUCAGAUGUGUGCUAGAGAGCUGCUGAAACUUAUUGAUUCCGUUACAGAGUAUAAAGAGUUCAUGGAAGCAUCAAUUUGUGGGAUGAAGAAAGAGCUCUAUGAAGCUAUCGAUGAUAUAUCUUCACUACCUUCCAAGGUAGCAUCAGCCAGCUAGAUGAUAUAUCUUCACUACCUUCCAAGGUAGCAUCAGCCAGCUAAAAAACUUCUCAUCUGUGAAUGUGAUCAUGUGAAGAAAGCUCUACACGAAAGAGUUAGCGCCCAAGCGAGCUCUUCCUUCCUAUGCCUGAGAGCUGAAAUAUGUUAUACCCCUUAGAAGCACUCUUAGUUGUAUUCCUGUGCCAUCUUGUUCAUAGAAACUAGCUGAAUAUUUCUUACAUUGGAUUGGAAAUAGGAUAGUGGAGUAUUUGCUAUGCAAUUCUUGUGCAUGCUGAUUAAAAAUAGAAAUGCUUUCUAUGUGCCUACAAUACUCAAGAGCAUGUGUGCAUGGGUUAUUGUUUGGUGCUGAAAACGAUCUAGUGUGGUAUCAUGGGUUUUCCAAAAUGCCCACAAUCUUUAUUUGAUGGGGCACGUUUGAAUCCAAUA